UUCAGCGAGCUGCGCGAUCUGGAGGAGCUCGAUCUGGGCGACAACCCUCACCUGCACCGCCUUGAGGGUGGAGCUUUCCGUGGCCUGGAGAAGCUCCAGAGCCUACACAUGCACCGCUGCCGGCUGGCCGCCCUUCCCCAUGACAUCUUCCACAAGCUCUACAGCCUGCAAUUCCUCUACCUGCAGGAGAACCAGCUCCACUUCAUCCAGGACGAUCUCUUCGCUGACCUGAUCAACCUCAGCCAGCUCUUCCUGCACGGCAACCGCAUCCGCACUCUGUCCGAGAAUGUGUUCCAUGGCCUGGUCAACCUUGACCGUCUGCUGCUGCACGACAACAGGGUCCGUCAGGUCAAUCGCCGUGCUUUUCGGGACCUGGGCCGACUCACCAUGCUCUUCCUCUUCAACAACUCCCUGGCAGAGCUGCCCGGUCAAGCCAUGCGUGACAUCACCUCCAUCGAGUUCCUGCGGCUGAACAACAACCCCUGG